AUGACCGAUACAUCUGUGAUAGGCUCCACUUGUUUCACCUUUCCACUUCAGUCAUUUUUAGAGGCAAAAGCUGCAUUCAAUCAUAGGCGUAGUACACAUAAAAUACAUUUUUCGAGUUCUUCACAAGAUUCUGUAUGGAAUACACUUGCACCAGACUUCAGUUUGCACAGAUGGAAACCAUGCCCUCCUGUGAGAAACAGUCGUGAAUCCAUGAAACCAAAGCUGAAAAUAUCUUAUGCGAAAGAAAGUUAUGAUAGUCAGAAGUGGGAUGUAGAACUAAACUAUGCACUGGAGAAGGAUAUUUAUCCAAAGUUAAAAUUUUCAAGAUCUAUUAGACCUUUCACUGCGAAGAUUUUAUUUGUCAAAUGUGGUUCUUUUAAACCAGGUCCAUACAAAAUGCCUAAACCACAUGAUUUUCGUGGACUAACACCAACAAAUGAACGUACACUUCCUGAAUUUAUUACAAUUUAUGAAAGAGACCCAAUGAAUAUAAAUUUCUUGAAAAAAACAAGACAACAAAUAUGGGGUACCAAUUGUGAUGAGAUAAUCUUACGCAAACUUCCACACUCUUUCCUGAAACCACUGAAACAAGGUGAGAAAUGGGAGAAAAAUCUAUACCUUCCAAGAGAACCAUAUCCCAACAGAGAGAAGUGCUUUACGAGACAUCGACUUCAAUUUCGUGAUCCUCAUGAAGUAUUCCUAGAUAAAGUUGGUGAAAAGUUAGAAGUAAUGUGGAAAGCUCAACAAAAACGUGAAACCCAUUUAUCUAGAAGAAAUACUUGUGCAUAA